AUGAGGUUCACGUUUGCCUCAGAGCGACUUGCUGUUUUAUGUGUUAAGCGGCAUUUUGAGACGAAACAUCAAAAAGAUUUCAAGGACGAGGAAGAGAAGGCUGAAUCAAUUGCACGUGCUGUGUCAAGAUAUGAGAAGCAAGCAAGUACUCUGAAAGUUUUUACAGCUACUAAACAUCGUGGAACUGAAGCAAGUUUUCGUAUCGCACACUGUAUUGCUAAACAUGGAAAGCCAUUUACUGAUGGUAACUUUAUUAAAGAGGCAUUUCUCUGUACCUCAGACGUGUUAUUUGAUGGGCUUCCAAACAAAGAUACGAUUAAAGCAAGGAUUCAAGACAUACCUGCAUCAGCCAGAACUAUGGAAAGAUGCAUCCAGGAAAUGGGUGACAAUGUCAGGGCCCAACAAACAGCUGGUUUGAAAGAUGCCCAGGUGUUAAGUGUGGCUUUGGAUGAAAGCAUUGAUAUCAAUGAUGUGCCACGUUUGGCUGUAAUGGUAAGAUACUGUGAUGUGACAGUGCAAGAGGAACUGUUCUGCCUUACCCCGAUGCCUGAAACAACACGAGGUGAGGAUAUUGCCAACGUUUUUAUGGAGCGUUUUGAGGAACGAGGCAUUGACAUUGCAAAGAUUUUUGCUGUGACAACUGAUGGUGCACCAGCUAUGGUUGGGAAACACAGGGGGGCUGUUACUUUAAUUGAGGAACAAAUAGGCCAUCCCAUCAUGAAACUGCAUUGUAUAAUACACCAAGAAAACCUCUGCGCCAAGAUGUCAAAUUCAGAUCUUAAUGAUGUCAUGGCCACAGUGGCAAAAACUGUGAACUUCAUAGUUAAGCGAUCUGCUUUGACUCACCGCCAAUUCCAGUCUCUGCUCGAGGAGAUGGAAAGCUCAUGCAAAGACAUCCCGCUCCACUGUGCUGUUAGAUGGCUUAGCUGUGGAAAGGUUCUGGAACGAUUUGUGGAUUGUUUUGAUGUGGUAAAAACAUUUCUGGAUGAAAAGGGGCAAAGAUAUCCUGAACUUGAAGAUGAGAGGGAGCUGUCUGCUCAGUGCAGCAUCAGCACCACAGCAAUACAUGAAUGCAUCCGAAGACUCCAGACAGAAUUCAUAACGCGUUUUCAGGACUUUCAGUUGUAUGGACCAAUGUUUUCUUUUCUGAUCAGACCAGAGAGCUUUGGUAAUCAGCUGGAUUUGUCUAUCUUUAACUUUCUGGAUACAGACGACAUGGAAAUGCAGCUGAUUGAACUGAAAAGCUCAACUCUGUGGGGGACAAAGUUUGCAGAACUACGGCAGCAGCUGGAAUCCACAGCUGUGCAUGAUCAUGGAGCUUGCAUUUUCAGUUGCUGGACAUCACUACCAGACAGGUUUAACUGUCUCAAGAACAUUGCACAGGCUUUAUUGACAGUAUUUGGUUCUACAUAUCUGUGUGAGCAGAUUUUCUCUCAUAUGAAGAGUGUCCUCAGUGCCUCCCGUAGCUGUCUAACUGCUGGACAUUCAGAGACCUGUGUGCUCCUGAAAGUUACUAAGUGUGAACCCCAGAUAACUGAACUAGCAAAUGCAAAGCAGGGGCAGAAAUCUCAUUAG